CUUGAAUGUGCCCCAGGUGUGGCUUGUGAGCCACACAGUUCCUCAUGAGAACACGGUUCAGGUAGAUCAGUGCUUUUGAUGAUCAAGGCAUUUCAGAGGAGGACAAAGAAACAUUUGCAAAUACUGUCAUUAUUCAAGUCCAUGAAUGAAGAUGGCAUCUGUAAAAAAGCUGCUUCAUGAUACUCUAGAUGACCUGAAAGAAGAAAAUCUGAAGGAAUUUAAGAGUUACUUAAAAGAAGAUGGACCCGUUGGAGCAGGUAAACUGGAGAAGGCUGGUGUCACUGAUAUAGUGGAUAUAAUGAUGGAGCGUUUUGGAGCAGAAGAAGCUGUGAAGAUCACACUGAACAUCCUGAGGAAGAUGAACCAGAACCAGCUGGCUAAAGAGUUAGAGAACAACUACACUGAAGUGCAAAAAUCAUCAGAAGCAGCUGAGAAACACACAAGAAAACAAGAUGAUUUCUGGCUGCAGGAAUUUAUGAAAACUCACAAAAUGAACAUGAAGGAGAAAGUAGAACACAUUUUUGAGGGUAAAAAGGAAAAUGAAGCACAUCUCAAGGAUGUUUUCACUGAACUCUUCAUUACGGAGGGGGAUCUUAAAGAAGUCAAUCAAGAACAUGAGAUUAUGAAGAUUGAUGAAGCCAUUAAACCUCGUAAAUCACAGGACAUGCCAAUCAAAUGCAAUGAUGUAUUUAAUCUGAACAAAAAUAAGAAGAAAAAGAUUGUGCUGACCAAAGGCAUCGCUGGCAUUGGAAAAACAGUCUCAGUGCACAAGUUCAUUCUGGACUGGGCAGAAGAAGAAGCCAAUCAGGAUAUAGACUGUGUUUUCCUGCUUCCAUUCCGAAAGAUUAACUGCAUUAAAGAUGGAGAGAUCAGUCUGCAUGAGUUUCUACAGAUAUUUAAUCCAGAACUGGAGGACCUGGAAACAUCAAAGAUAUCUGAGAUAUAUAAACGUAAUCUUGCGUUUAUCUUUGAUGGACUGGAUGAGAGUCGACUGACAUUGGAUUUUGACAGUGAAAUUGAGAGGAGUGUUGAGAAGCGAUCAUCUGUAGAUGAACUGUUCACAAGUCUGGUCAAUGGGACUCUGCUUCCAUCAGCUCAUGUCUGGGUGACAUCACGACCAGCAGCAGCCAAUCAGAUCCCUCCCGAGUAUGUAGGGUUGUUCACAGAGGUGCGAGGAUUCACUGACCAGCAGAAGGAGGAGUAUUUCGGAAAGAGAAUCAAAGAUAAGACUCAGGCCUCCAGAAUUAUCUCACACAUUAAGAAAUCUCGUAGUCUCUACAUGUGUUACAUUCCUGUGUUCUGUUGGAUCACAGCCACUGUUCUUCAGGACAUUCCCAUUGGGAACAAUGCAGAGAAGAUCAACACGACACUAACUGAAAUGUACAUACACUUCCUCCUGAUACAGAUGAGGAUGAAGAGCCAGAAGCAUGACGGAAAAACAGAAAGAGAACGUACCAAGCUCUUAGAUUCCAAUAAAACAAUGAUUUUGAUGUUAGCUAAGCUAGCGUUUGAACAGCUGAAGAAAGAAAACAUUGUGUUCUAUGAGGAAGAUCUGAGAGCAUGUGGUAUUGAUGUGAGUGAAGAAGACUUUGAGUCCACAGGAAUGCUCACUGAGAUCUUUCAGCAAGAAGCUGGACUUCAUGAGAUGAAGGUCUUCUGCUUCGUGCAUCUGAGUAUUCAAGAGUUCCUCGCUGCAGUGUAUGUGUUCCUCUGCUACCUGAACAAGAACAUGGACGAGCUGCAGUUUUUCAGUGAAGAAACAAGAAGAGAAGUCAGGCCUGACCACAUCAACAAGCCAGACACAAAUAUUGCUUUACAUGAUUUACUAAAGAAGGCUGUAAGGAAAGCAAUGCAAAGUCAGAAAGGACAUUUAGAUCUAUUUUUACGGUUUCUGCUGGGCAUUUCACUGGAAUCCAAUCAGAAACUUCUCAGAGGCUUGUUCACACACACUGAAGACAGCAAAGACUGCGUCACAGAAACAACCAAACACAGCAAAUACAGCAUCACAGAAAUAACCAAACACAUUAAAAAACUAUUACAAAACCAGAAGAGGCACAUCUCACCUGAUACUUCUGUCAACCUGUUCUAUUGCUUAUUGGAGCUCAAUGACAAUUCAUUAUUUACCGAAAUCCAAAGACACCUCAGAUCAUCUCCAGAAAAAACCCUCUCAUCUUCCAUGUGCUCAUUGAUGGCUUACGUACUGUUGAUGUCAGGGGAGGUGCUGGAUGAGUUCAACCUGAGGAUGUACAUUACUGAACCGGGAGGCCACAGAAAUCUCCUGCCAGCUGUGAGAUGCUGCACAAGAGCCAUACUCUCCCACUGUUCUCUCAAUGACACCUGCUGUGAAACUGUGGCCCUGCAGAUACAAAAUUCACCCCUGAUAGAGCUUAACAUGAGUGGCAAUGACCUGAGUGUCUCAGGAGUGAAGCUGCUCUGUGAUGGACUGAAGAGCCCAAACUGUCAGCUGAAGAUACUGAGAUUAAUUCGCUGUACAGUGACAGAUGAAGGCUGUGGUUAUCUGGCUUCAGCUCUGCAUUCAAACCCCUCACACCUGAGAGAGCUGGAUCUGAGAGGCAAUAACCUGACAGAAUCAGGAGUCAAGAUCAUCUCUGAUCUACUGGAGGAUCCAAACUAUGCACUGAACAAACUCAAACUCUAUUAAUCUCACACUGGAUCCAAACACAGCAGACGCUCGUCUCAUUCUGUCUGAGGAGAACAGAAAUAUGACGCUCGUGUUUGAGAAUCAGCCGUAUCCUGAUCAUCCAGAGAGAUUUGAUGAGUGUCGUCAGGUUCUGUGUAGAGAGAGUCUGACUGGACGCUGUUACUGGAGGAUGAAUGGAGUCAGUCAAUGAAUAUCAGUGACAUAUAAAACUGAGUCUGAACUGUUCUGAUUACAGAUUCACUGUCCGUCACAAUAAUCAGAGGACAUCAUAUCUGCCCCUUCAUCUCCUCUAACAGAGCAGGAGUGUUUCUGGACUGACUGGCCGGUACUUUGCUCUUCUACAACGUCUCUGACACUCACUUUUGAUAGUGGCGUAGCGCUAACCCGCGGGGGCCCCCGCAAGCUGAAAGUCCAAGGGCCCCCGAGGGGAGGGGCGGUGUUACGUCGCAAUAUUGGAAAUUUUUGAAAGUAAAAAGUGACAGAGCUGUCUGACGUUGCAUUAACGAGGCAUAUUCUCUCAGAGACAAAUUUCAACAUAAUAUGCUGAUAAAGGUAUAUAACUGUCUUAAUUUAUUCCAUUAUUUCUCUUGUGGCCUGUAUACAUAGUGAAACAAAUGAGAGGAAUAGUAUUUCCUGUUAAACAGGUUGUUUUUUUAAAAGUCGGUUCUUGAAGUAAAGCCGCUCCUAAUUUUCAUUGAUGACUGCAGUGUUAGGAAAUAUUAUAGACUGUUAAUAAUUUUAAUUAUAGGCCUAUAAUUAAUUGUAUAAUAGACCUAAAAAUAUUUUAAAAUAUUUUUUAAAGAGGAGCUAAUAGCCUAAUCUUUUAUUAUCCUCACAGCACGUCAGUUAUGUGGUGAUGCGCGAUGAAAUUAUUGUGGGGCAAAUUUAUUGUAAUAUUAUUUUAAUUUACAUUAACUGGAAAUCCUCUUAAAGGGUUAGUUCACCCAAAAAUGAAAUUUCUGUCAAUAA